UGUAAAAAAUUCGCAGUUCAUUUUGCGAAAAUAUAAAAAUUGUUUUUUUUUAUAUUUAUAUUAUAUAUAAAAUUACAUAUCCUUAUAAUAAUGAAGUGCUCAGUUUUAUUGUGUCUAUUCGUUUUAUGCAUUGCAACAAUUAUGGAUAUAGCGACGGCAGCACCACAUCCUAGACCAGAAGAAUCUCAAGCUGUGGAAGCGGAGGAUCUAGAUACAGGUGCACGAGCUGCAGGUGCUGAAGGUGCGGAAAAAGAUGAUUUGCAGAGUUCUUCUUCGAUUGGAUAUGGUUAUUAUGAUUCACCGUAUUAUGGCGGAUACUAUGGCGGAUAUUAUCCCUACUAUUCAGGAUAUUAUGGUGGUUUUGGUUAUCCACAGUAUUCACACUACGGAGGUUAUCACCACCUUGGUCACUAUGGACACUACUGGUAAUUGUUGCGGUAGGAAAACACUUCAACUAAAAUAAAAAACUUGUAUUAAAUGUGAAGCUGAUCUAUCCUAAACACGAAGUAAUUAAAUAAUAACAAAAAAAAAAUGAAAGAAGACAUUUACCAAAGUAAUUUGAAUAUUGUUACAAAUAAUAUUUUUUAUAGCUUAGCUUUACUUCAAUUUAUUGUAUGUAUUAAAUUUUAUUUAUAAGAUUAAAAUUAAACUUAAACUUUAUUUUAUUUCGUUUGUAAUUAAUUUUGAAACGUAAAACUGUAAUGAAA